AUGACCGACAGAGACAAAUUUGCAUUGAUUGUCAAUAUUGGAGGUUAUUUUGUGAACUGUGGACCUGCUGAGGCAUCAAUUGAGGAAGAGCCUGCAGACCAGUUGGAGGAUAUUAAUGAUAUUAUUGACAACUUCACUUAUGUUGAACAUGGUGAAGGUGAUGCAGAAACUAAUAAUGCAUGUGCUGGGUUGGGGUCACAAGAGUCAUCUGAUGAUGAAGAUUAUUUUCCAACUGGGGUGAGUUCAUCAGAUGAUGACCUUUCUGAUGAUCAUCUUUCUGAUGAUGAUGAAUAUUCUGAUGAUGAUGAAUAUGUUCAGGCAAGAAAGAACUUAAAGGAGUCUAGGAAAAAAGUUCAAGAUUGGGAUGAUGAUGCAGGCUAUACACAUCCAAUGGCCACAGCUGAGAUGGACUUUGAAGAGGAUGAA